AUCACCACAAUGGAUGAUAAUACGGCUCCAAAAAAGAAUUCUGAAAAGAAGGCACGCGUCUUUGACCUCCAAGCAAUGUUCGCGCAAACGAUAAGCAAUGCUCCCAGAACUGAGGAACCAACUCACGUUCCGCAGUCGGUAUCGGUGUCUUCUAAAUCAGAAUCUGGUGUUUCUUCUUCAGCUGUAUCUGAUGAUGAAGAUGAUUUCAUGCCAGAUCUACCUCCAGGAUUCCAAAUGCAACAGUCUGAAGCGGGCCCCUCCUCGUCUCGAGCUGAAGGUCCCGAAGAUAGUGAUGAUAGCGAUUUUGACGAGACAGAAGCAAUCUCCAUCAUCAAACUGAUUCCAGCUGCAUGUGAAGCGAAGAUCAGCCAUGGCACUCAAGCCAUCAGUGCACUUCGGGUUGAGCCUCCUGGUGUUCGGUUUGCCAGUGGAGGGCUUGACUAUUACGUGAAGCUGUUCGAUUUUCAAAAAAUGGACAUGUCAAUGAGAUACGACAAAGAGCUUCUGCCUGCAGAAAGUCACGUUAUCAAUUCCCUGGCAUUCUCUCCGAACGGCGAAACUCUUGUAGUAGCUAGUGGAGAAGCUAUCAUUCGCCUACUGGAUCGAGCAGGAAAACAAUGGUCUGAAACAGUUCGUGGAGAUCAGUAUAUUAUUGAUUUAAACAUCACUAAAGGACACACAGCAACAGUUAACUGUGUCGAAUUCAAUCCACUAAACAAGAACGAGUUUAUCUCUUGUUCUGAUGAUGGAAGUCUACGACUAUGGAACCUCGAUGAUCAUAAAGUAAUCACCAAAUGCAUCAACAAGCACAGGAAAGUCAUCAAAACAAAAGGAGCUAAUGGAAAACGUGUCAGCCCGCAAGUUUGCACGUUUUCUCCUGACGGAAAAUGGAUUGCCGCCGGUUGUGAUGACGGAUCUGUUCAAGCAUGGAAGUAUGGAUCGCAAUAUGUCAAUGUAAAUUACCUUGUACGCAAAGCUCACAACGGCUCGAUUACUUCUAUUGCUUUUUCGCCCGAUUCAAAGAGAUUACUGUCUAGAGGUUUUGAUGACACUCUGAAGAUGUGGAGCUUAGAUAACCCAAAAGAGCCGCUUCUUGUGAAAACCGGUCUCGAAAACGCUUUCAAAAGUACUGAUUGCGGAUUCUCCCCUCGUGCCGAGGUUGUCUUCACUGGUACAUCGUCACCCAACAAGGAUACACCUGGAACAUUACAAUUCUUUGAUCCAAUGACAUUUGAUCUUGUCUAUAAAAUUGAUUACCCUGGAAUUUCGUGCCACCGAAUUCAGUGGCACCCGCGAUUGAAUCAAAUUAUCGCUGGACUCUCGGAUGGCACCAUUCACGUGUACUACGAUCAAACGAUGUCACAGCGAGGAGUUAUGUCAUGUGUGACGAAGCCACUCAAAAGAAAUCGCGCAUCUGAAGUUGUUCGAGAAGAUAUGGUUCUUUCUCCUCUUUCCCUCGAAAUGUUCCAACCGCGCGGAGAGGAAGGAGAAGAAAAGGAAGUCACUGGAUGGAGAAUCAAGAAGUAUCUCCGAAUGCAGGAUAACAAGCUUCGUCCCGAGUUCCGGAAGCCUGCAGAUAUGCCUAUCAACGGAAAGAGCGCAAAUGGACGUGUGGCUGCAAGUGGUGGAAGUCUUCAUUCGUAUUUGGCAAAGCAAAUCGGAACUGCUCGUAAUGCCGAGUUCCUAAAAGAUACCGAUGUUCGUGCAAGCAUCCUGAAACAUGCUAAAGACGCCGAAGAGAAUCCAUUGUACAUUGAUAAAGCGUAUCGAAAGACACAGCCAAAGAAGAUUUUCCAAGAAACUGCAGUCGAGCCAGAAGAUCAAGAUGACGAAGAGCUACAGCCUGUCUUCAAAAUGCCGAGAACGAAGUAGUCGUUGCAUUAAUUUUUUGUUUUUCAUCUGUCUGUCUCCCUCUUGUAAUAUUGUUUUCCUAUUUUUUUCUCUAUUUUUUGUGUCCCAAUAAAUAUAGAGUCAAUGA